AUGUUGUCCGUCUCGAUGUAUUCAGCGCUGCACGCUUGCUCUUUCAUCGCUGCUCUGCUGUUGUUACUGGUGUUAGCUGCAGAGCAGUCCAGUGCUAAUGACAUCGCCACAAAUGGAGACAUUUACAGUUUCGUCGUCCAUUCGAAAAUCAAGUACAGAUAUGCACAGACUGUUGUAUCUAGCCGCGUGGCCAACAAGAAAAAUACUUCCCAUGAAGUACAGUUCUACGUAACUCUUCCAGAAUCUGCAUUUGUUUCCAAGUUUUUAAUGGAAAUAAACGAAAAAGUUUACGAAGCUUACGUAAAAGAAAAGAAAGAGGCCAAAGAAGAAUAUAUUGCUGCUGUUAACUCGGGCCAGACUGCGGCUCAUGUCGAGCAAAAUGCAAGAGAUUCAAAUAAGUUUACGGUUUCUGUAAACGUGGAAGCAGAAAGCAAAGUAACGUUUAAUCUCACUUACGAACAAUUGUUAAACAGGAAAUUGGGAAUUUAUGAAAAUAUAAUAAACUUACAACCCGGACAAGUUGUUAAAAACUUGCAAGUAAUAGUAGAUAUCGAAGAAUCUUCAAACAUAACAAAAUUGGAAGUGCCAGACAUAAAAACAGCAAAUGAAAUUGAAACUAAAAUUAUUAAAAACAAAUUGGCAAAAAUUACCCAUGAGUCAGGCAACAAAGUGACGAUAACAUGGAGUCCAACUGUUAAAGAUCAGAUAAUAUUUACGGAACGAGGUGUUAAAGGCCAAUUCAUAGUUCAAUAUGAUGUAGAUCAUAAAUCAGCGCCAAAUCAAGUUCUUAUCGACGAUGGAUAUUUUGUUCAUUUCUUUGCACCUACAGAUUUGAAACCACUUAAGACUCACGUAAUAUUUGUACUUGACGUUAGUGGCUCUAUGGAUGGACAGAAGUUAACACAACUGAAAGAAGCUAUGAGUCAAAUUCUAUCAGAAAUUGAUUCUGAAGACUUUUUCACGUUGAUACUUUUUUCAAGUGUGGCUCAGGUUUGGACAAUAAACACUACUCAAAAAACGUCGAAUUACUGGGGCGAUAGAGGCAGCAACUUUAAUAAUUUUAAUUUGGAGACAAUGGGAGAAAACCGUUUUAUUUUUCCUGCAAACGAGCAGAAUAUACAAUAUGCCAAGAAAUUCAUUCAGGCCUUGACAUCGGAUAGCAGCACAAAUAUGGAAGAUGCUCUGAACAAAGCUCUUUCGAUCACCAAAUUGAGCAAAAUGCAUUUCAAAGAUGGUGCUAAAACACCCAAACCUAUUAUUGUGUUUCUGACAGACGGCGAAAUGAACGAAGGGAUUACUAAUCCCCAGGAAUUGAUUAAAUAUGUUUCUGAUACUAACGUGGAUAAAUAUCCGAUAUAUAGUUUGGGAUUUGGCAAAGGGGCGGAUAUUGAAUUCCUUAAAAAACUUUCAUUGAACAACGCUGGUUUCACAAGAGUCAUUUACGAAGCUUCAGACGCGUCGUUACAAUUGCAUAAUUUUUAUAAAGAAAUAUCUUCACCAGUCUUGUCCAACGUCACUUUCCAAUACAUUGACGCUCAAGUCGACAACAUUACUGUGACAAAAAAAUCAUUUGACCUAUUAUUUAAAGGUACAGAAUUAAUAGUGGCCGGGAAAUUGAAGGAAGGCGCAUUGCCCGAUUUUAACGGCACUUUGAAAGCCGAUUCGAUUGAAGGGGAUUUCAAUGUUCCUAUCUCAUGUUUUGGUUUCCCAAUCGUUCCUCCCGACUCAUUUCCACAAACAAGAAGAAUAGGUCAUUUAGAGAAAUUAUGGGCGUAUUUGAUCAUACAACAACUGAUGGAUAAAUAUGAAUUAAACAAGAACGAAAAUUCUGCGGAAAAAGCUAAGGCUCUCGAACUAGCAUUAGAAUAUUCAUUUGUUACUCCGCUAACGUCCUUAGUCGUUGUCAAACCUAACGAUACAACUACAUUGGUGGCUACAGAGAAAAUCAAACCACUUAAUGAUGAAUUUAUUGUUAAACCUGGCCCAGGCUACAAUCAUCAACCAAAAUUUCUACAAGGACUUCCUACACCAGCACAAUCUACUUAUUUACUAUCACAAGGACAUUUAAUAUCAGGAUUUAGCUACUUCAGACCUAAAAGUAUGUUAAAAGUUAAUGCUGUCAUAGACGAAUCUGAAGAUUUUGCAUUCAAUUCUGCACAAUUUCGAUCGUCAUAUAUGUCAAGAAAUGAUGUUGAGGAUAUAUAUGAAACCACAACAACCUCGGCUGUUGAUUCUCCCGCUAUGAUAACAGGCGAAUCUAAUUCUACAUCGUUGCACGAUAUCAAAGAACUAGCAUGGUUGAGAGAUUCUAUUACAUUGAACUCAACUAAUAUAGUUUACCAAGUAUCAUUGAACACCAGUGGUCAAUCAUAUCAAAAUUGUACAACACCCGACCAAAUCCAUGGUAAUUGUAAACAUUUAAAAGACUGCGUUGUGGCUUCAAUCCUGAACUCAUUUGAUACAUACCUUUCACUGUUUUGUCCAAUAGAAACAUUGUAUGCGGGAAUAUGUUGUUUAGUGUAA